UGCGUUAGUUAAACAGAGAGUUGGGAGACGCUGAGGGAGAAGCAGGCAGGAGUUUAUUAGUGUUGAGUAAAAUGUCGGCGACUUUCAGAUCAAAUCAAAUCAAAGCUCCGAUUCAGGAGCGAAUCUCAGAGUUACAGAGAAAAAUCACACUACUGGAGGGAGCCAGAAGAGCGCAGUUUGAGAGCUCACAGUGUUUAAUAAAAGAGAACAGAGAGAAGAUCCUGCAGCUCAGACACGAUAAUAAACUCCUACACCGGAAGAUGGCCGAAGCGCUCGCGGGAGAUGAGCAGGUCAUCAAGGAGGUCUUUAAAUCCCGCAGCUCAGAGAAGGCUACGUUCAGGAACAUGCCUGUUAAGGACGUUGUGCAGGUUCUGGAUCAGAGCGUGCGUGAUAAGAUGAAGAAGCUGAACACACUAAAACAUGUUACAAACACAAAGCGCCAGUGUCUGAAGGAACUGAACACUGAGUACAACACUCUGAAAACACACCCUGACCUUCAGACUGCCAGAGAGGUCACGAAGAUUAUAGAGAUAGAGAAUCGGGUAGAAGAAGCACAACUGAAAUGUCAGGAGGCUGAACACAUCAUGAAAAGCUACCAAAAACUAAAGAAGCACCUGCAGGAGGAAAGUUUGUUAUUCCAGCCUCAUUUAGAUGAGAUGGAGUGUGAGGUUAUUCGACAAAAACAAGAGCUCAGAGACCUGCAGCUAAUGAACAACAAUGCACACCAGGCCAAAGAAGCAGCCAAGGUGGAGCUACAGUCUCAGAAGUCUCUGGUGUACAGUGAGAAGAAAGAGAGGAAGCACAAAUUGAAUCAUUACAAAAAACUGGCAGAAGAACAAAAAAUACAAACUGACAGUGAGGAACGCCAAAUGGUGCCGCUGCACACAGAUGAAUUGAACAGUGAAGCUCAGCACGAUGUAACAGAAGAAGGAGAGAAUGACAAAACCGUCUUCGUCUUCGAGGACGCCUUCGAACGCAUCACAGAGGCUACAGGAGUCACUGAUACACAGGAGGUGGUAAACAGGUUCCUAUCUCAGUGUGACACUCACACACACCUGGAGCAGAUGAAGUUGCAAAAUGAGUGUGAGCUUCAGAGUCUAAAGGAGGAGAGAGACACAAUACACACUCAGUACCAGGACAUGAAGUUCUCAGGAGAGACCAAACUAAACCAUGGGAGGAGGAUGUUGGAGGAGUGUGUGUCUCAGUUACAGAUAGAACAGAAGAGACGAGAUGCAGCUAAAGAGACUGUGGACAGAAUCACACACACACUGAACACCGUGAGCAACGCUGUAAAGCACCUGUGUGUCAAACUGCAGCACAUCACACUACAGGAUGCCCUGUGCAGGAGAGGUGUUUCUCCUGUACCAGUGUUGGAUAUGUUUCAGGAAGCAGAGCUAAAACUGAUGCAGCUGCUGGACAAAUUACAGGGACAUGAUUUAGACACACUCACCAGUGAGAUGAAGGAGCAGGAGUCCCAUGCCAUCACUGAGGGGAACCUUCCUGAAGAUAAAACCUGCAUCACAUCAACAGAUUAUCAGAAACCUGACCUGAAUGAAGAAGAGGAAGACAGUGAAGAGGAAGAUGGUGAUGUCAUCACUCGGACGUCCCUCAAACACCAGUCACAGCUCAUCAUUAACUCAAUGCUAAAGAAGAAGACUACUCCAAAGGAGAAGAAACUGUGACCUUUCACCUUGUUUCCUCUAUUAUUUCAGAUGUUUACAAAUAAAUAAAAGUAAGCAUGAUGAUGUCA